ACUUCAAUAAUCGCCCCCAGAGCCCUGGCCGACUUCUUCUCUUCCUCUAAAGUCAUCAGCUUUGGAGCCUGUGCAACACAGUUGUUUUUCUGGUCCCUCCUCGGUACCACAGAGGUUUUACUUCUGGCUGUGAUGGCCUAUGACCGCUUCUUGGCCAUCUGCAGCCCCCUGCGUUACCCCAUGACCAUGUCCCCCACAAUGUGUGCCUGCCUUGUUCUGGGCUCCUACUGCGGAGGCUGCCUCAACUCCAUCCUGCAGACCAGCCUCACAUUCCAGCUCCCCUUCUGCAGCUCCAACCGUAUCAACCACUUCUUCUGUGACGUGUCCCCUCUGCUGCAGCUGGCUUGUGCUGACACGACUCUCAAUGAACUGCUCAUGUUUAGUGUCUGUGGCUUCAUUGCAGUGAGUUGUACAGUAAUAGUCCUGGUGUCCUAUGGCUACAUCACAGUGACCGUCCUCAGGAUGCACUCAGGAACCAGAGGACAAAAGAUCUUUUCCACCUGUGGCUCUCACCUUACAGCUGUGUGCUUGUUUUAUGGAACCCUCAUUGUCAUCUAUGCACAGCCAGGGGAUGUGGAGUCCACAGAGCAGGGCAAGGUGGUCUCCAUCUUCUACACGCAGGUCAUCCCCAUGCUCAACCCCCUCAUCUACAGUCUGAGGAACAAGGACGUGAAGGACGCCCUGCGGAGGCUGGGACAGAGACGGCCAGACCUGUGA